GAGGCUUCAGUUGUGGCGAAGGGGUCCUUGUCUUGCGAGAGAUGAAGUCCCUUUUGCGUAAUCCCCCGUCGUGCCUGCAGCCUUCGAUCGAGCCCCGCAGCACCACCAUACCCCGAAAGAAUGGGUGUGUGAAUGUUCCCACCGAUCCUCCUCGUCCCUCAACGCUCAACUUGUUCGCGUUGGCGUCGCCUUUGGCUUGCGGUCGAAGUGGGCAACUAAGGAGGGAGGGAGGGAGAGAGCGAGAGAAGUGGUAGAUAUGGAUGCAGGCAGUACGUUUUGGUGAUUGCGUGAGUGAGGCGCUUGACGUGGGGAGCUUGGGUUCUGAGUUUUUAUGAUCGUGGGUGCGGUUGGUUUGGGGAUGAAGCGGCUGUAGCAAUUGGGAAGGGGCGAGCUUCUGAGGAGUGAGGGUGUUGUGUUUUCAAUUUGUUGGAGUAGCGAUGGCGCUCGUUUCUCUCAGCGGUCGGUGCAACCCACCUUCCACAAUGGUCGCGCAACCGUGUGUGUUUUCGGUACACUCCUCGCCAUUGUCUCUCGCUCCCACGCUCCGGAAUUCCUCGCCAUGUACAUUAACCGUUGGUGGGAGAGGUCACAAUGUCUCACCCUACGUUCCUUCGUGUUCAGCCAUGUUCUCCAGUUUGGACAGCGCAAAUUUGCAUCUGUUCGGGGGUCUGAAGGAUAAAUGCAUUAGAAAUUUCCAAAGAAGGUGUGUAGUCACGGAAGUUUUAAGUGUCACAAGUAGUAAUGAUGAGGAUCUAUCAGAAGCUGAUUCGGAAGAGAAGAGCUCUGGGCCACGGGCGAAAUUCCUGGCUCAGCGGGUGGAAACAUAUGAACUAGAAGAAGUGCAGAAGCCACUUGCGGAGUACAUGGCUUUACCUGCGAGCCAGUACUCUGUGUUGGAUGCGGAAAGAAUCGAGCGAGUAGACGACACUAUGUUCAAGUGCUAUGCCCAUCGUUUCAAGUUCUUCAACUUCGAGGUUGGGCCUGUGCUGUUGGUGAAGGUGGAUACGCAGCCGGAUGGGUGCUGCAUCCGCCUUAUCUCCUGUACCCUUGAAGGUUCUCCAAUUGUGGUUGCGCAGAAUGAGAAAUUCUCCGCAAGUAUGGUGAACAGGGUAUCGUGGUCAGUAAGCGAGAAGUCACCUACUGCACGGAAGCUUAUUUCGGAUACUACUCUUGAGGUUACGGUUGAGAUUAUCAAACCCUUUCGUGCUAUUCCUGUUUCGGUCAUUGAAGGGAGUGGCAACAAGGUGAUGUCGCAGCUGCUGAAGGUCAUGUUGCCAAGGUUCUUGUCUCAGCUUGGGAAAGAUUAUUAUGCCUGGGCGUCGGGAGAUACCUCGCGGAAGCCUGUUGGCACCGGAGAGUUGUAGGUUUUCACCAUGAUGGUCAUGUCGUGCUUGUCCUUUUUUUUUCCCUCCUCACCGGAUUCUUUCAAUUCUGUGUGGAUAGAGAAGAUCGCCAGCAUCACUAGAAUAUUGUCAACUUCAUCUCGAUGAUUAAGACGAUGUGUUACACCUAGUUUGAAAUUUCUACGGGACAUAAUGAUAGGUAAGACUAUGCAAGCUUAAGAUUGCUUUGCAUGUCAUCACGACAUUGAUGAGGUCAUAGCUUUUGGCGUGGGCCGAGUGUGAACACGUGACGAAGCUAAUUCAUAAAAUUUUACAUUUGCAGCCAAAAAUGAGUUCUUUAUGUUGGGCAUGUCUGUUCGGUUUUAGUGGAAGUCGCAAUGCACCAACAUAUUACAGGAGAAAGAGAGUUAGAGAGAGAGGUUUCUGUAAAUAAAUCUCUGAAUUCGAGCGGUUGGAUUCCUGCA